CAAAAGAGAGACUCUACAGCGGUGGGUAAUUCACUGGUCCAUAAGCGGUCUCCUUUACGUCGAAGCCAUAAGACCUCAGCAUCUCUGACCAAGCUGUCGUUACGUGAUGGACAAAAAGCCAAAAAGCCACUGUGUAAAUUUGAAGAGGGUCAGGAUGUCCUAGCUAGAUGGUCAGAUGGCUUGUUUUAUCUUGGAACUAUCAAAAAGAUAAACAAACUGAAACAGAACUGCUUCAUUAUAUUUGAAGACAGUUCCAAAUCCUGGGUUCUCUGGAAGGACAUACAAACAGGAGCCACUGAAAGUGGGGAAAUGGUCUGUACAAUAUGUCAGGAAGAGUAUUCAGAAGCACCGAAUGAAAUGGUUAUAUGUGAUAAAUGUGGGCAAGGUUAUCAUCAGCUGUGUCAUACACCAAAUAUUGAUUCCAGCGUGAUUGAUUCAGAUGACAAAUGGCUCUGUCGACAGUGUGUUUUUGCAACAACAACAAAGAGGGGUGGUGCACUUAAGAAAGGACCAAAUGCCAAAGCACUGCAAGUCAUGAAACAAACAUUACCGUAUAAUGCAACAGACCUUGAGUGGGAUGCAGGUCAUAAAACCAAUGUCCAGCAGUGUUACUGCUAUUGUGGAGGACCUGGAGACUGGUAUCUAAAGAUGUUGCAGUGCUGCAAAUGUAAGCAGUGGUUUCACGAGGCUUGUGUGCAGUGCCUCCAAAAGCCAAUGCUUUUUGGUGACAGGUUUUAUACGUUCAUUUGCUCAGUUUGCAGUUCUGGACCAGAAUACCUCAAACGUUUACCCUUGAGAUGGGUAGAUAUAGCACAUCUAUGCCUUUACAACCUAAGUGUUAUUCAUAAGAAGAAAUACUUUGAUUCGGAGCUUGAACUCAUGGCCUACAUUAAUGAAAACUGGGAUAGAUUGCAUCCUGGUGAGCUGGCAGAUACACCAAAAUCUGAAAGAUAUGAGCAUGUACUGGAGGCAUUAAAUGAUUACAAGACCAUGUUUAUGUCUGGAAAAGAAAUAAAGAAGAAGAAGCAUUUGUUUGGCCUGAGAAUUCGUGUUCCUCCUGUGCCACCAAAUGCUGCUUUAAAGGCUGAGAAAGAACCAGAAGGAACUUCUCAUGAGUUCAAAAUUAAAGGCAGAAAAUCAUCUAAACCAAUCCCUGAUGUGAGGGAAUUAAGUAAUGGUAUAGAAAGAAAAGGGAAAAAAAAAUCAGUAGGUCGUCCACCUGGUCCCUAUACAAGAAAAAUGAUUCAAACAUAACCAGAUAAUGAACCAGUUCCAGUGAUAGAGAACCCAGCCUUGGAAUUACCCUGCACUGUUGGGAAAUCUGAUGGAACUGCACAUUCAUCCAAUACCUCAGAUGUGGAAUCCACAGGUGCUGCCAGUAUGAAAGAAACUACCUCAUCUAGCAUUUCCAGACAUUAUAGUUUAUCUGACUCGAGAAAAAGGACUCGUACAGGAAGAACUUGGCCUGCUGCAAUACCACAUUUGAGAAGAAGAGGUCGCUUUCCACGAAAAGCACUCCAGACUCAAAAUUCAGAAAUUGUAAAAGAUGAUGAGAGCAAGGAAGAUUACCAGUAUGAUGAACUCAAUACAGAGAUACUUAACAACUUAGCAGAUCAGGAGUUACAGCUCAAUCAUCUAAAGAACUCUAUUACUAGUUAUUUUGGUGCAGCAGGUAGAAUAGCUUGUGGGGAAAAGUACCGUGUUUUGGCUCGUCGGGUGACACUUGAUGGAAAGGUGCAGUAUCUUGUGGAGUGGGAAGGAGCAACUGCAUCCUGACUGUAGGACUGAACAUUAUGUUCACUGCACUGUCAUCUGUAAGUACAGUUCAUAAUGCAGAGCCAUGAGCGAAAUGUGUCUUUAAAUGUGUUUCUAAAAACAAAACAAAACCAGUUUAGCCUUAACAUGUAAUUGUUAUCAUUACAGCUCUUGUGAUAAAGACUUAUCUUUUUAAAAUCUGAUCUGAAACUUAAAUUUUUUAAUCUGAACAUUGUUAGAUUGUUUUAGGUUGGGAUAUUUUGGGUUAAAAUUGCUUAAAAAUGUGCAUGGUGUUUAAAAAAAAGAAGACAUUUUCUAGAGAACAUUCCAUGGAUACAGUUAUUGUGAUUUAGAGAAAAUAUUAUGUAGAUAGCACAAAUAUUUGAAAAAUUUCGGUUUGUUUUCUUACCCAAAUGUUUGCAGAAAUGUAUUUCUAUUUCAAUACUUUCUAGAUUUCAUAAGUGCAGUGUAUAUAAUGCCUACUGAAGACUGUAAAAUACUGAAGUUUUCUUUCAAACAAAGUGUAAAAAAAAAAAAAGAAAAAAAAUAUAUUGAGCCUGUAAAUUGCUCUGUGACCAGACUUCAUUGUCUUCUUAAUAUAUUCUUUGUGUGUGUGCGUGUGCGCGUGUGUGUGUAUAUAUACAUAUGUAUAUAUGCACACACAUACUUGUGCGUGUAUAUAUAUGUGUGAUUGUGACCUAUGCAAUACAAAUUAUGGGAUUGGGCAGCUUCUGAGAAUACGUCCCAUAAUUCUUUUUUCAGGAAUAGUUGCCAGUAUUUACACAGCAGCAUUUCUUCUCAGGCUUAUUGGGUGCUGUUGCUUUCUAUGUACUAAGGAAAAGUGUCAAACCAGUGCAGCGUGUUCUGGCAAUGGGUGCAGUCAUUGAUGUUCAUAUGCUCUAGGUAAUAUUCCAUCAUUUUCCAUGUGAAUUAACUGUUAAAUCAUGCAGGAUCCAAACAUUUUGAAAUUAACUUUACUAGAAAUAACAUUUAAAAGUUAUUGUG